AUGGGUGUCCCAGCGCUCUUUCGAUGGCUUACCAAGAAGUACCCCAAGAUCAUCACUCCCGUGAUCGAAGAAACGCCAUUUGAAAUCGAUGGAGUCCAAUACCCAGUCGAUACGACUAAGCCCAACCCAAAUGGCGAAGAGAUGCACAACCUAUACCUCGAUUUCAAUGGUAUCGUCCAUCCUUGCUCCCAUCCCGAGAACAAGCCUCCUCCAGCGGAUGAAAGCGAGAUGAUGAUGGAGAUAUUUAAAUACACAGAACGCGUCGUCAACAUGGUCAGACCUCGAAGACUUCUAUUCAUUGCAAUUGAUGGUGUAGCUCCACGAGCUAAAAUGAACCAACAACGUGCCCGUCGUUUUCGAUCUGCCAUGGAUGCUAAAGAAGCAGAUGAGAAAAAGGCCGAAUUGCAGGUGCUCCUGCGACGACAACGCGCUGCUAGAGGAGAACCAGAAGAUGUAGAACAGGUCGUCAAGAAAACAUGGGAUAGCAAUGUCAUCACCCCAGGCACUCCUUUCAUGUUCAUUCUUGCUCAGUCAAUUCGAUUCUGGUGCCAAUGGAAACUCAAUACCGACCCUGCUUGGGCUGAGCUAAAGGUCGUGAUUUCUGAUGCCAGUGUUCCUGGUGAAGGUGAGCACAAAAUUAUGCAGUUUAUUCGUUCUCAGCGAUCAGACUCCGAAUAUGACCCAAAUACCAGACACGUCAUGUACGGCCUUGACGCCGAUUUGAUCAUGUUGGGUAUUGCAACCCAUGAACCUCAUUUUCGUGUUCUCAGAGAAGAUGUCGAAAUUAGAGACGCCAAAGCCAAAACCUGCAAACUGUGCGGUCAACCAGGGCACUAUGCAGAUAAUUGUCGUGGUACCGCAAAACAAAAGUCUGGAGAGUUUGAUGAAAAGGGCACCACUCCUGAACUUAAGCCCUUCGUCUUUCUUCAUGUUCCCAUCCUGCGUGAAUACCUUGGAGCUGAGAUGUAUGUUCCUGGUCAAACUUUUCGCUUUGAUCUUGAGCGUGCUCUUGAUGAUUGGGUCUUCAUGUGUUUCUUCGUCGGCAACGAUUUCUUACCACAUCUACCUUCCCUCGAUAUUCACGAAGAUGGCAUUGACAAGCUCAUCGCAAUAUGGAGAGACAACGUACCUAUUAUGGGUGGAUAUCUGACCUGUGAUGGUGAGGUUGAUCUUGCUCGUGCUCAAGUCAUUCUUCAAGGUUUGGCUAAACAGGAAGACGCAAUUUUCAGAAAGCGAAAGGAAAACGACGAUCGACGAGAGCGAAACCAGGAAAGAAGGAAGAGACAAGACCAAGAACGAGAAGAUCGCAACAACUCGAAAAGACGUAGAAGCUCGCCUGAUUAUUCCAGAGGUGCAAAAGCUGGGCCCUCUCCAGCUGGUGCCAUCGAUAUUACUAGUCUUGCACGAACCUCAGAACUCAAUUACAACCUGAUUGUAAAUCGAGGUGCAGCAGAGAAGGCUAUUGAGUCGAAUAAAAGCGCUGCUGCCGUCUUGAAGGAGAAGAUGCUUGCUAAGCAGAAUGCUACACCAACUAAAGAGCCUGUAAAUGGUGGCGCUGUCAUAGACGGUGCUACUGAAACGCCACCGUCGGCCUUAGGCAAACGAAAGGCAGAACUCAUAGGUGAGGAAGAGGAUCCAGAGUCUGACAUCGGUACGCCAGGUAGAAGCACACCCGUCACUGAGGCGCCCCCAAAGAAGAAGUUUGAUCCAGAUAAUCCACCACCCGACACCAUCAAGUUGUGGGAAGAAGGGUAUGCCGAUCGCUAUUACGAGCAGAAGUUUCACGUCAGUGCUUCAGAUAUCGACUUUCGACACAAAGUUGCCAAUGCUUACGUUGAAGGUCUAGCAUGGGUCCUGCUUUACUAUUUCCAAGGUUGUCCAUCCUGGACCUGGUAUUAUCCUUACCACUAUGCACCUUUUGCAGCUGACUUCGUGAACAUCGACAAGCUGGAAAUCAAGUUCGAUAAGGGUAAACCUUUCAAGCCUUACGAACAGCUUAUGGGUGUCUUGCCAGCAUCAUCGAAUCAUGCUAUCCCCAAGCCUUUCCACCCACUCAUGACAGAAACCGACUCAGAUAUCAUUGACUUCUAUCCUGAGGAAUUUGAUCUGGACCUCAACGGGAAAAAGCAAGCCUGGAAGGCUGUUGUUCUGUUGCCAUUUAUUGACGAGAAACGAUUACUUAGUGCCAUGGCCACGAAAUAUCCGGAGCUUACCGCAGACGAACACCAGCGCAACGAUCUCGGUAAGGAUGCUCUGAUUGUUUCGGACAAGCAUCCACUGUACGAUGACCUAGUCAUGGAGUUCUACUCGAAAAAGGCCAAGAAUAGCGGUAGCAGGGAAACCAAGCUCAGUAUGAGAAAGGCUCGUCUUGCCGGACAAGCCACUAAGAAUGAAGAUUUCCUACCACAUAUGGAUCUGCGAGGACCAACAGACGACAUCACGCUAGAUCCGGUCAUCGACGAUGAUUGCACUCUCAGUGUUCACUAUGACCUACCGCCCAAAACUCAUGUUCACAAGUCGAUGCUCUUCCCGGGUGUGGUGCUGCCACCUCCUGCUUUGGAUAAAUCAGACCUAGCAAUUCUCAAGUCUAAAGCUCGAAAUUCAGGUCGUGAUUUUGGUGGUGCUCCUUUGUACGACAAUUCGAGACGCGAUCCGAUGGCCGAUGCCCAGUUCCCACAACGACGAGUCAAUUAUGCUGCCGAUCGAGCACCGCUUCCACAAAAUGGCGACAGAAAUGGUGGCUAUCCCCUACCUCCACCACCUGAUCCGAGAACACUCGAUCCGAGCAAUCCUUUCGCAGCAUUUCUUGAUCCGAAAUUCGCGCCAGGUAUGCCUGGUGGUAGAGGUCCGCCGCCACCACCUCAGUCUUACAACAACGGUGGGCAUGGACGGCAGGAUCAAUAUGCUGGUGGCUAUCAACAGCAGCAGCAACAGCCCUAUUAUCCUCCUCCAUCCCAAGGACAAUACGGUUCAAGAGGCCAACAAGGUGGCUACGCUAGAGGAGGUGGACAUCAAAACGGCAGACAGGAUGGGCAAUACCAGCAUCAAAAUCAGGGGUACUAUCAGGGUGGACAAAAUGGAUAUGGCAGGAGGUAA